CUAUAGGGUUGCUGGGAGUUGGAAGCGACUGGACAGCAAUGUUUUUUUUUUAUUUUUUAAAUUUACAUUGUUAGUCUUUACCAUUCAUUCUGAUAAUAAAAAUGCAUAUAUAUGUUGAAAUGUGCAAUUUUUGAAUAGUGGAGUUACUUUUUUUUUUGGCCACUGAGUCUAUUAUUUUUUGAUUUGCCUGAUCAUGACUUUUGCCCCCAAUUUUUCUGUUGUGGUGUUUAUUUUUUUUCUUAUUGAUUUGUCAGAGUUGUUUAUAUUUUAGAAAUAUUACCUUCUUGUCCAUUAUAAAUAUUGCAGAAACCUUUUGUUCCAGUUUUCUGUUUACCUUUGGAUUUUAUGACAGCACUUUGCUUUAGAGUCAUUUAAAAUAUUUUUGUUGGUUUAGUCUGUUAUUCUUUUUCUUUGUGGUUUUUGCCUUGCUUAGAAAAGUUUUCUACACCCCAAGAUUAUAAGAAUAUUAUUUUACUUUUUUUUUGAGGAAUGUCUAAAAUUAAACUUGUCACAGUGUAGUAAUAAUAGGAAAUUGGAUUUUCUAUUUGGACUGACUGGUGUUCAAAUUCUAGUCCAGCCACUUUCUAACUGUGAGGUAUUGGAUAUAUCACAACUUCUCUGUACCUCCACUUACUCAUCUGUAAAAUGGCAAUUAAUAAAUUAUAGCUUAUAAUUUUAGUGAAAUUAAAUGAAAUAACACAUACAAACUUUCUAGCACACUAUCUGGACACAUAGUGGGUAUUCAUUGUAUAUGUUCUUAUCUUUUCCACUCAUAAACUUGAUCUUCCUUCAGCCAAUUAAAAUCUGGUCCAGGAGAUAAGGAAGGGAAAGUUUCAAGAAAUAGAAUGUGAUCUUUGGUUUUAAAAACUAGAGAUGAGUACUAACCGAACAGGGACCUGAAAAUUGAUUUAGCAGUUAGAAAGUACUAGUAAUCUAGGGGAAACCCUGGUGGCGUAAUGGUUAAGAGUUUGGCUGUUAACCAAAAGGCCGGCAGUUCCAAUCCACCAGGUGUUCCUUGGAAAUGCUAUGGGGAAGUUCUACUCUGUCCUAUCAUUUAUGUUUAUUGAGAACAUUCUUCACUAGAGUGAUGAGAGAGGCAUCUGUAUCUUAGUAGGAUGAGGUCUAAAGCCUUAAAACUUACAUGAAGGAUGAUACAUGCAUAUGUAACAUGUAUCUAUCAUUAUGAUAUCUGUGAGAAAUAAUUGUAAAUUUAUCCUUUUCUUUCAUUGUUAGAAUGCUAGUGAAGGGAUAGGGAUAGCAAUACUAACGUAUAUAUGAUACAUUUGUAUUUGAGUCCCUGAAUGGUGCAAACGAUUAACACGCUGGGCUGCUAACUGAAAGGUUGGAGGUUUUAGUUCACCCAUAGGCCCCCAGAAGAAAGGCUUGUCGAUCUGCUGCUGAAAAGCCAGCCACUGAAAAUCCUACGGAGUAUAAUUCUACUCUGACACACAUGGGAUUGCUAUGAGUCACAACUGGAAAAAAAUAUAUUUAUUGCGUGUGUAAAUUAUACACACAGAUAACUUUUACUGUUAUUAGUUACAAAUUAUAGUAUUUGUAACGCCACUUCACAAUUAGUUAUCAACCUGAUCAAGAACUACUGUUCCAUAUGAACUUUGUUCUUCUUAGUAGCUCAGUAGCUCUUUUAUGGAAUUUAUACACAUUCUUCAUUAAAUUACAGUUAUUUGUAAACAGUGUUGUAUGUCUUUUGUGGAAAGCAACUUUAAAUACAUUUAUGAAAAAGAUGGGAAAUAGAUAAAUGUUUAUCAUAUAGUAAUUGUUCACAUUUUCUCAUUUUCUUGGCUCCAUGUUAAAGUUUUUGGAUAGGGGGACGACACGGUUCUUUCACAUAAUGGACUUUUGAUAAAUGUUUAUAAAUGUUACAUUUUCUUUUUCUUUUUUUGUAAAACCAAAAUAAGUUGGGUUUUUUAAUAUGUUAAGAAAAAUAAAUGUUUAUUUAGCUCUUCCUCGUGGAGAAAUAAUAGAUAAGGAUUUUGGGCAACUGUGCCCCAGAAAAUAACAUCAAAUCCUAUUUCUUGACUCUAGGGUAGCAGUUUAUUGUUUCUACUCUAUUGUAUGUAUACUGUCCUCGUUUUGUCAGCUUCAAAAUAAGGAGAAGGAAGUUUGUAUUGGUUAGUUUGGGAGGAAGGUAAUGAGUUUAAGUAACAAAACAGGAAAUUUGCCCCUCUGUGACCUUUGAUGAGUUUGGAAGUUGGCAUUUUGACUGCAGGGUUGAAAUUCAGAAGAGUAUUAUAUUUAGUUUGUUGCUUUUGCAGAUUAUCUGUCUGCCAGGAAAAUACAGGAAUCCAAGUUAAAGGCUCUGCUACUUUUGUGGGAAAUGAUGAACAAUACUUUGCCUUCUGCUGACAGAAUCUGGGUAUCUGUAUUUUACAGUGGCUGGAUUUUGCUUUCACAUAGAGCCAAAUUAUCCUUUUCCUGAAACCAAGCUUGACUCAAAGCCUUCACUAAUAGGGAUGCCAAAGGAAAAAUAUGAUCCUCCAGAUCCUCGCAGAAUUUAUACCAUCAUGUCAGCAGAGGAGGUAGCCAAUGGGAAAAAGUCUCACUGGGCAGAAUUAGAAAUCUCGGGUAGAGUGCGGAGCUUAAGUACAUCACUUUGGUCAUUGACACACUUGACAGCACUGCACCUAAAUGACAAUUACCUUAGUCGCAUUCCACCUGAUAUUGCCAAGCUUCAUAAUCUGGUUUACCUGGAUCUGUCAUCCAAUAAACUCAGAAGUUUACCAGCAGAACUAGGAAACAUGGUGUCUCUCAGGGAAUUGCUUUUAAAUAACAAUCUGUUACGGGUUUUACCUUAUGAACUUGGUCGGCUCUUCCAGCUACAAACUCUAGGUUUGAAAGGCAAUCCUUUAUCACAGGAUAUUCUCAACUUAUACCAGGACCCAGAUGGAACCCGAAAGCUACUGAAUUUCAUGCUUGACAAUCUUGCAGUUCAUCCAGAGCAGCUUCCUCCGAGGCCAUGGAUUACGUUAAAAGAACGAGACCAAAUUCUGCCCUCUGCAUCAUUCACGGUUAUGUGUUACAAUGUGUUAUGUGAUAAAUACGCUACCCGGCAGCUAUAUGGCUAUUGCCCAUCCUGGGCAUUAAACUGGGAAUACAGGAAAAAGGGAAUUAUGGAAGAAAUUGUUAACUGUGACGCAGAUAUCAUUAGUCUUCAGGAAGUAGAAACAGAGCAAUACUUCACUCUCUUUCUGCCAGCAUUGAAGGAGCGUGGAUAUGAUGGAUUUUUUUCUCCAAAGUCACGUGCCAAAAUCAUGUCUGAGCAGGAGAGAAAGCAUGUGGACGGUUGUGCAAUAUUCUUCAAAACAGAAAAAUUUACAUUGGUGCAGAAGCAUACAGUGGAAUUUAACCAAGUGGCAAUGGCUAAUUCAGAUGGAUCCGAAGCUAUGCUGAACAGAGUAAUGACAAAGGAUAAUAUUGGUGUCGCAGUGGUAUUAGAGGUCCACAAGGAACUAUUUGGAGCAGGUAUGAAGCCUAUUCAUGCUGCAGACAAACAGCUGCUUAUAGUGGCAAAUGCCCACAUGCAUUGGGACCCAGAGUAUUCUGAUGUGAAACUCAUCCAGACCAUGAUGUUUGUCUCAGAAGUUAAAAACAUUCUGGAGAAAGCCUCUAGUAGGCCUGGCAGUCCAACUGCAGAUCCUAAUUCUAUCCCGCUGGUGCUAUGUGCAGAUCUUAACUCAUUGCCAGAUUCAGGUGUUGUAGAAUAUUUAAGCAAUGGAGGAGUAGCUGACAACCAUAAAGACUUCAAGGAACUAAGGUACAAUGAAUGUCUUAUGAACUUCAGCUGCAAUGGAAAGAAUGGAAGCUCAGAAGGGAGAAUCACACAUGGCUUCCAACUUAAGAGCGCCUAUGAAAAUAACUUGAUGCCUUACACCAAUUACACCUUUGAUUUCAAAGGCGUGAUUGACUACAUUUUCUAUUCCAAGACUCAUAUGAACGUGCUUGGUGUCCUGGGGCCUUUAGAUCCUCAGUGGCUGGUUGAGAACAACAUCACUGGGUGUCCACACCCUCACAUCCCUUCAGACCACUUCUCACUGUUAACACAACUUGAACUCCACCCUCCACUCCUGCCUCUUGUCAAUGGUGUUCACUUGCCUAAUCGGAGGUAGUGGAGUACUGCCCCGCAAAGACGGGGAUCUGUUGCUAUGGACCUGUACAGUUGUAAAUCAGAGUAUGUAGGAGUGAAGUAUGGCCAUCCUUAAGCUGCUUCUUCAGGUUCCUUUCAUUAUGUCUUGCUAUAAGAUUUUGUACAUUUUUGUGCAUAUUGGUAUCAUUUGGCACUAGGGUUGGAACCAAAGUAUUGCUCUCUUUCCGGAUUUUUAAUUUAACAUGUUUUUAAAUUGGACCUUCUUCAUAUUAUAUUAAGAGUCCACAUUCAUAAUUGGUAAAUCCCAAUUAGAGGCCCAACAACAGUAUAUUUGUUUUUCCAAAACAAAUACUUUCUUUUGAAUGAUGUCAAAUGAGCCAACCAUUUUUGCAAAAGGCAAUUUUUUAAAACUAUGAAGUUUUAAACUGAACGAUAGCAUGCCUUUCAGGGAAAACUUUCUUGAAUUUCUGUUAUCCUUUAUAACAAAAUGAUUUUUGAGUCCCUAAGUUAUUUGCACAUUAACAAAGCACUUAAAUUUGUUUGAUCUGUACAUAAACCAUGAUAUAGCCUCUAGCCAUAAGAAAAAGUGAGAAAUUAAAGAUGGUUGCACAAUAUGUUUUCAAAAUCAAGCAUAUAACAGCACAUGACAGUUUGUUGGACAAACACUUUUUUUGUUUGGGCUUUUUUUAUUUUGUUUGUUUUUUUUUUUGGGAAGUACUCUUGUUUUUUGGCCCCCUUUUGGUAUUAGUUCUAAGCCUGUCUCUCCAGUUUAUUUAUGGGGAAACAGCAAGUAAUUUAUACUGCCACACAGCUUGAAAAUAGAAUUUGGUAUGCUUAAGAUGAUCACAAAAUAUAGUGUCCAGUAUUUUUAAUGAUUCCUAUCCACCUUUCUUUUCUGUCUGGUUGUGCUGGAAAAACAGAUAUUAUGUGAUCUGUAUCAUUUCUGCUGUUGUAGCCAAAUGUUAAAAUAAGUACUCUGAAUAAGAAGCCCCUGAUCAAAGUUUGAGAAGGGGAAAGCCAUACAGAUAUUUUACUUGUGUCCCAAAUAGGUUAAGUGACUGUUGAUUUUCGUUUUUUAAGGCAACAAUGGAAAGGACUGGCGGGGGAGAGAAAGAACAGGGAGUAGUUGAAAGCCUUGAAUCAUUUUUCUUGACUCUAGCUGCCAAAUGGCUAUCAUAUGCUUUUAAUCUUUUUUUCUGUUGUCUGUCAGGGUUGAAUUAAGAAGCUACUGGUUUAUUCCCACUGUUGAUGCUGUAGAUAUAUUGGAAUCCUUUUUUGCCCAGAAGGGGCCAUUUGAAAAUCUGUGACUUCAAGAGGCAGUGAAAGUAAUAUCGUUUUCUGGGGAGAAAAUUAGUUGGCUGCUUGAUGUUAAUUAUGGCACAGUAACAGGAAAAGGUUGUGUCUGUGUUUUUAAGUUUUUCUUUAUUCUGCUUUUUUGCUGCUAUUAAGAGUUAUCUGAAAUUUAUAUUUUAAACUUUUCAUGCACUUUACUGUUUCUAGUCUCAAAAUGUGAUAUUUUUAAUAAACAAGAAGUUUUCCAUUAUGUGAAUGAAAUUUUAAAAGAAAAUAGCCUAUAUUUGUGUCUCACUAAUAUAUAAAGUACAGGUCAAAUUUAAAUUAUUUAAUUAGUUUUAAAUAUAUACAAUUUGUCUCCUCUUUCAAACCUGACAUCUUAAGCUGUUUUAUUAGACUUAAAUGAUGCAUUUCCUUUGGUCAUUUUAUAACUAAUUUCUUCCAUAGUAAAUUAAUCAGGCUAUAUAAUAUUUCCCCAAGGAUAAUUUUAGUGGGACUAGUGUGGUGGGAUGAUGUAAUAUCAUACAUGGGAUUGCAUCAGAAGGGUAAAGAAGUUUAAAGCCUAAAUAAACUCCCUCUUUUAAAAGUGCCUAGUGGUAGAGGCGUUGUUUGUCAUCUAUUAUAAUUGGAAUGUCAUUGUAGUUGAAUGAAGUUUGAUGUAAAUAAAAUAUUCUUUUAAAAAAAUGUUAAAGUAACAAAAUAAACAAAGAAACAACCCUUAAGAUGACAGAUUUUCCUCGGUGUGCAGGUAUCCCUUCUUAUAUACCUCAAGCAUUCAACAUCUAGCCAUACGAAUUGAUUACCUGAAGCAUAGUACUGGAAAGUAGAAUAGCAUGAAAAACUUAAUUUUGUGGACAUUACCUUUUUUUGUAAUCAGCUACUGUAUGUUUUUAUUUUUAAAUCUUUCAUUUUGGUUGGGUUUUCUGCUCUGGAGGUAUAUGCACUAACAAAACAUUUUCCUCCUUUCAUAUACGCAUGUUAAUUAGCAAUGUGAGCAAUAUUUCCUACCAUACUUCACUCCCAAUAUUUUUUGAGAUGUUUGUAUAAAAUGGAAUUUAAAGUUCACUUAUGAUUGUAUAUGAACCACAGAGGAGCCCAUUUAUUAAUAAAAACUUUUUUAAUAGUUCAAUGUAGAGGGAAAAAAUAAAAAAAUUGGGAAACAUUGUAAACAGCUUAAGUUUAUUUUGUCUAUGAUCGAGGCACUCUGUUGCAGAAGGUGUGUAAUUGGGUUCUCUCUGCUUCCAAAUGCACUCUUUCAAACCAUUCAUUAUCCUGUGUAUUUUUAAUGUGGUUUUAGUAAAUGUUGGUAGUAGCUCUGUUGAAGUAGGUAAUUGUAUUAUGUUUUGGGUGGCAUACUCUUGGGGCAUGGUAACCCAGAUUUCAUGUGCACGGUUUCCCUUUAGCCCACUGCCCAAAUUCACACAACCCAUCACCCUUUGUUCCCUUUGUAAAAGGAGUGGUAUUUGUUUUGAGCUGCCAAUUCAGAUGAUCAGAAAUGCUGCUCUCCUCAGUAUUGUCUUGUUAAAUGCAUGCCGUUUGGAACUUCAGCAAUGAGAAGCCAAAAGGAAGGAGGUGAAUGACAUAUGAUAUAUAUUCAGUUAAAAGUAAAAUACAUGCUCAUAUACUUUCUAGUUCUCGGAAUAAGUUACUAAGCUUUAUGCCAUGGGGCUGCUGCAUAUUUUAUCUGAAGAUAAAAGAAAAUUUGGGCAUUUUUAGAUUGUGAUAUGUAUUUUUUUAAUUGUUACAUAUGAUUUCUGAUAUUUGUCUAAGAACUGGAGUGUUCUUUAAAUUUAUUACAAACAGUGUUGUUUGAGGAAGAGAAAACUGCACUGUUUGCCAUUAUAACUGUCAUACAAGUGCAUGUCAAGUCACCUACUCUCUCAGGCAUCAGUAUCCACCUCAUAGCUUUACACAUUUUGAUGGAGAAUAUUGCAGCAUCCUCAGGACUGACAUCUGAGAAAGGCUCAAAUCCACUUACUGCUCCUUGCUUGUUGACUUUGUUUUAAAAUAUUGUGCCUGGUGUCAACUUUUAAGCAACAGCACUGCCUAAAAGCAAGCAGAGAACAGAAUCCCAGCACCAUUCUAUAGGCAACUUUUUAGAAUUCAGAUAUAGUAAAUCUGUUCAAGAUUUAUGAUGUUUUAUGUAAAAAAAAAAUUUUUGUACAAAUGUAGCUGAAUAUUUUUGUUUCAUUUCUUUGAUGUAAGGUGUGUGAAUGUUUGAAUAUCACAUGUUAAAGUCAGGUAUGGCACAAUGGGUUCUGAGACCAGCUUUUUCCCCCUUCCCAUUUGCCUUGUUCCAAGCUUUUUCUUUUCAGAUUACUUUUCUGAUACUCAUAGGCAAAUAUUUAAUUUUACUAAUAAGCAUCCUGUGUGAAUGUAUUAAAGAAGCCACUUGAGUGUUGUAGUUUGCAGAAAUACAAAGCUCCGUUUAUUUGUCUUAUUCUUUGGCAUCUUAAAGUUGUAUAUUAAAUCACAGAGAAGCAAAGGGGAAAGUUGAAAGAUAUUUAAGGCUCAUAUCACUUGAUUCAAUUCUGGAAUUGAGGGUGUGGCACGUUAAAACUAGAAGGUGGACAAACGUACUGUGUUCCAUUUUAAAAUUGUAUCUCCUAAGUAUAGUUAAAUAGGUGAAAAAUUUAAGUUUGUAUUUGCAUUUCUAAGAGUUUCUAAAAAUCAUUAAUGCCAUCAAUACUUUCAGUAUCAAAUAGCAAGAAGUAGAAAAAGCACAAGGAAAAAUAGGUUAAAUAUGUUCUUUGAAGGAACAGAGGCAUCUGGUUCAUCAUUCCUAAUACAAGACUAGAUUUUCUAGCAGUAAAAAUUGACAGUGUCUCAAUAUUUACUUCUUUGAUUCUAGGGUGUAUAUUCUGAGUUUCUGUGGUAUUUUAAUAGCUUUUUGAAAUACACUGAUCAGUAGCUUCAGUCACCAAAAAAAAAAUCAGUUUCUUAUUUAUUUAGCGGUUCAUAAGAACAGUAAUAGUUUAUAGCAAGCAAAAACUUUAUGGCACAUUUUCAAAACUGUACCCAUACAUAUUUUGGUUAUAUUUUGACAGAAAUGUGAAUUCUUACAUUGGUAAGGUACUCUCUGUCUCCCAUCUGCCCUUCUCUUAAAAAAAAAAAUACCUUUAUGAUGUGUGGAAGUUUCCAAAGGUAGGAAGGAAGUUGUAGAAUAACCUUGUGUUUAAUUCAUGGUACCAAAAUGUUUAUCCCUUUCCUUCCUUCUGAAUUGUUUCAUGUUUAUAGAACUGUGUGAAUUGUAGGUAGACUAAUUAAUUAAGGAAGUUAGAAUAUUUUUCUAAGCCAGGAGCUUCAGCUAAGGUUUUAAAUUUGUUAGAUAAGAACUUUUGCGUUUAUGGUUGCUUUGGAUGAUUUUAAUGUUUUAAUAGCAUCCUGAGCACCAAAUUUGCAAUUCCAGUAUAAGUAAAUUAGUACACUUCUAACCUUGCUGAUUUACCAAAGUGGCAAUCUGUAUAACAACAGGAUGCCGAGAGGAUCUUUCAUAUUACAAAAUGACAUGCAAAUCUUUAUUUUUUAAGUGUCACCUUUAAAGCUUCAGGGUAGCGGGAGGAAAAAAAAAAAACAAAAACCCUUAUACCAGUACUGCAGAAUGUUCU